AUGAAAAAUAUCAUACCUAUGAUUGAUUUAACCACAACACAAACCUCUGACAUAUCUGAAAAAGGUUACAUACUAGAAGUCGAUUUAGAAUAUCCUAAAGAAUUACAUGAUAAACAUUCUGACUUACCUUUAGCACCUGAGAAUAGAAUACCUGAUGGUUCAAAACAAAGUAAAUUAUUAACAACUUUAUAUGAUAAAGAGAAUUAUGUAAUUCAUUAUAGAAAUUUAAAACAAUGUUUGAAAAUGGGAUUAAAACUUAAAAAAGUGCAUAGAGUAUUAAAAUUUAAUCAAUCUGAUUGGUUAAAGAAAUAUAUAGAUAAAAAUACUGAAAUGAGGACUAAAGCAACUAAUGAAUUUGAAAAAGAUUUCUAUAAGCUGAUGAAUAAUUCUGUAUUUGGAAAAACUAUGGAAAAUAUUAGAAAAAGAGUAGAUAUAAAACUGUGUUGUAAUGCAAAGAAGGCUCAAAAACUCAUUGCUAAACCAAAUUUUAAAGGAAGAACCAUUUUUGAAGAGAAUUUAGUUGCUAUUCAUAUGAACAAAAACAAAGUCCUCUUUGAUAAACCUAUUUAUGUUGGAAUGAGUAUUUUAGAUUUAUCUAAAUAUCUAAUGUACGACUUUCAUUAUGAUGUUAUGAAACCUAAAUAUAAUGAAAAUAUUACAUUAUUAUAUCAAGAUACAGACAGCUAUAUUUAUGAUAUCAGGACUUCAGAUUUUUAUAAUGACAUGAAAGGUAUGAUUAAUUAUUUUGAUACAUCAGAUUAUAAAGAAAAUAAUAUAUAUGGCCUUGAAAGAAUAAAUAAGAAGGUAUUGGGUAAAAUGAAAGAUGAAAACUCUGGUAAAAUAAUGACUGAGUUUAUUGGACUAAGAGCAAAAAUGUAUGCCUUAAAAGUAUCAGAAAAAGUAAUUAAAAAAUCUAAAGGUGUGAAAAAAUGUGUGGUUAAAAAUAGAAUCUCCUUCGAAGAUUAUAAAGAAUGCUUAUUUAAUAAAAGCGAUCAUUUUCGAACAAUGAAUUUAAUUAGAAGUACUAAACAUAACAUAUUUUCGGUUCAAGUAAAUAAAAAAUCUCUAUCAGCAUCAGAUGAUAAGAGAUACAUAUUAGAAGAUGGAAUUCACACAAGAGCAUUAGGACAUUAUGAAAAUGUUUCUUAAUAAAUGGAAGAAUUCAAUAGUCUCAGAAGCGACAGCCCGAUAUUCAAAUUGAAAGAUUUAAAGCCGGGGAAAUAUAAACUGAUAUCAUUGAGAAAAAUAAAAACAAAGUAUGGCGAUAGUGUAGUUGUGAAAAUAACUGUGGAACUAAAUGAAGUGAAAGAAUAUUUUCUAAAAAAGAAACAUGGAGAACUUUCGGACAAAGCAAUUCAAGAAAUAAAUGAAGGUGGUUAUGUAUUUUAUUAUGAAGGAUUAAUUGAUGGAAAAUACAUAUAUACUUUAAUAUAAAAACAAUUAAAUCAACAAGUAGACUCGUGCGCGAGCGUGCGCCAAGGUGUGCGUGAGGAAGUGCUAGGACCAAAAUAGAAGAAAAAGGUGUUUUUAUAAUUUUAUAUAUAUUUAAUAAAAAAUUAAGUUUUUCAAUCCUUUUUAAUCAAUUUUCUUUGAAUUAUACGAUUUUAUUAAACGUGCGCGAGAAAGUGUGAGAAAGUGGCCCAGG